UGACGUCACCGCGCAGCGCCGUAAUGGAGUUUCAGAGGUGGCAGCUGGUUGUUGAUGUCGGUGUUAGACCAAUAAAACUCUUUCAAAGUUAGACGCAAGAGCCCUGUCCACUGUAAACAAGAUAACCGUGUGUUACUGAAGCAGUACAUAUAAGUGUACCUCAAUUGAGGAGAGGUGAAAAGGGAGAACAGGACCUACAAUUCUAUGAAAUUGUGCCCAAGGGAGCAUUUUUUCAUUUUUGAUGCCUUCCAUCUAAAAGUGGCACUAUGCCCGCAGCCACUGUGGAUCAUAGCCAAAGAAUAUGUGAGGUUUGGGCUAGUAACCUGGACGAGGAGCUUAAGAGGAUUCGCCAGGUGAUCCGAAAAUACAAUUACAUUGCAAUGGACACAGAGUUUCCGGGUGUAGUUGCAAGACCGAUUGGAGAGUUCAGAAGCAAUGCUGACUAUCAGUACCAGUUGCUGCGGUGUAAUGUUGAUUUGUUAAAAAUUAUCCAGCUUGGCCUUACCUUUAUGAAUGAACAAGGGGAGUACCCACCAGGAACCUCGACAUGGCAGUUCAACUUCAGAUUUAACCUCACGGAAGAUAUGUAUGCACAGGAUUCAAUUGAGCUACUGACUACUUCAGGUAUCCAGUUCAAAAAGCAUGAAGAAGAAGGCAUUGAGACACUGUAUUUUGCAGAGCUCCUUAUGACUUCAGGUGUGGUGCUCUGUGAAGGGGUCAAGUGGUUGUCAUUCCAUAGUGGCUAUGACUUUGGUUACCUGAUAAAAAUUUUGUCAAACUCUAAGUUGCCAGAGGAAGAAGUUGACUUCUUUGAGAUCCUUCGACUGUUUUUCCCCAUUAUCUAUGAUGUGAAAUACCUCAUGAAGAGCUGUAAAAACCUGAAGGGUGGCCUGCAGGAGGUAGCUGAACAGCUGGAGCUGGAGAGGAUUGGGCCUCAGCAUCAGGCAGGCUCAGACUCUCUCCUCACGGGAAUGGCCUUCUUUAAGAUGAGAGAGAUGUUUUUUGAGGAUCAUAUUGAUGAUGCUAAGUACUGUGGUCACUUGUACGGACUGGGCUCUGGCUCAUCCUAUGUCCAGAACGGCACCGGCAAUGCCUACGAAGAGGAGGCAAACAAGCAGCAGUCAUGACACAACAAGAAUCCCCUCACUGUAGAGAACCUCACCUGCAGGGCUUAAAACAUGGGUUUUUUUAGUUUUCAUAAGAUGUUCAAUAGGAUUUUGCACUUUAAAACUCCAAUGAGACUCUUGGUUUUAGAUGGAAAGCUAAAGGAACUUCCUCCACUUUGUUGCCUUCUCUAUGUUAAACUUUUGUCACAAAACGUUCCUCUUUUAUGAUAAGAGACAAGGAAAAAAAUUGGGUGUUUUAUUUUUUUUUCCUGCAAAGCUCAGCCUUAAUAUUAAGCUACAUUUUAUGUUUUUUUAUCAUUAAUUUAUUACAUUUGUUCUCAUGCUUUGUUGAAUAGUGCAUAGACUGAUUCAGCAAACCCUGAUAUGCCAGUUAUCUACAUGUAUGGUUGUUCCCUGAUCAGAGGAGUACAACAUCCACUUUUCCACAGUCUGCUGCAGCUUGAGACAGAUGGAGUGUCCCACAGAAAUACACAGGCGAAUGAAUAUACAGGCACUUAUUGGCACGAGUGAAGCCUUGCACUGAUUUUACCUUUAUGUUGGGCUAGCACAGAUUUUACCACAAACCAAGGAGAGUAACUGCCACUAUUUAAUUAAAGUGAGAUGACCUCUUCUGUUUCAAGACUUCAUUUCAUUUUUAAAAGUGACUUAAAGGUUUUGUAGUAUUUUAGUAUAAAAUUCAAAGCCUUUUAUUCAUUAUGCUUCUUAAAAACAAAGAAAAAAAAUCUUAACCAACUCGAGUACUCAGUGUCAGUGGAAUUAGAUUUACUUGUAGUGCUGGUAUUCCAAUCAUGCACAUUUUGUGCUGUUUGAGUUUUUUGCUUUACAAUUCUAUGUUGCAUAGAUCUGCUGCAUGUACUGAUGGCGUUUGAAUAAAUGCUGUGUUGAGUCAUGGUCUGAGCUUUUACAGAAAUGUGAACUGCAUGGACACUGCUUAUCUUUGGUUGAAUGUCACCUCUGGAGAAUGAUGAAAACAACACUUAACCCUUUUCCCUCUCCACUCCAUUAAUGUGUAAAAUAUCUAUGUUGACAAUAUGCAAUAUCAAGGGUGACUGUUUUUAGAGCUUUUGUAAAUAAAGGCCUCAGAUUUUCUAACAUC